AGUUGCAGAAGUCAUCUCCAGGCAAGCUCUGCAAGGAAAUCUCAUAAGGACAGAUUUUAGAUCACCUUUUAAAUUGAAUUAAUGUGUUUGAAUAUAGUAUUAAGUGGUUUCAUAUUUGGGAAGAUAAUUUGGUUUGGUUAGGCGGUUUUGCCUUUCUUAAUUGUUUAAAACGCUCGAACUUGCAUGCAGAUGCCAAAAACAUUGAAACACAAACUCGCGUCUAUAAAAUGUUUUGCAUGAGUUUAAACCAACAGAUUGGAAAAACGCAAACUAAUAACGUACGUUAAAACGUAUGGAUUUGUGAUGCAUCCUGAAACUAAGUUACUGAAUUCUGAAAGCUACAUGUUUUCUUAGCUUUAUUUAAGAAAAUCUUAUUGACACUAAAGAUUUUAAAAUAGUUAAAUAUCGGAUACAUGAAGACAAUUUAAAGACUCAGAGGAGAUUUCUUUACAGCUAUGUUGUUCUUUACGGCGUGUAAUUUUACUAGUAUUUUAAUUGUUUUUUUUAUUAACAAAUACUGAAUGUUGAAUAUAACUUUUAGGUUUUCUAUCCUCGGCCUGGGCUGUGCUUCUUCUAAAUGAAGUCAAACCUAAAAAUAAGCCGAACAUGACCUUGAAUUUGUUCUUUCAUUUUAGAUAAGAGGAAACAGUCACUAUUCCCCAAACUGUUUUUGUGUUCAGAUGAUUUAUAUAAAUGCGACUAAAAAAAUUAAAAAAACUGAGUGUACUAUUCUGUUUCAAUGUAGUGUAUCUAUUCAUGGGAAAACUGGAUUAUUGAUGCUGUUGUUUUAAUUACAGAUUUUCCAUUAUUUUAUUUCCACAAACGUUUAAUAGCAUGAUGUACAUAGCAACAGCAGACACAGUUUUCGCAUGAAAAGUUAUUUGUUGGAGGCAUGCUGUUCUGCUUUUGUGAUAAUCCAGAAACUACUUCGGAACAGGUAUUUUAAAUGAGUUGUUCUCAAAUAAUGAAGGAUGCUGUGCUACGUUCUUAUAAUAGUGAUGGAAUGGCUCUUUCCUGCAAGCCGUCUGGCACUUUUGAUUUGACAGAGGCUAAUAACUCUACUACUGGAAAUACAAUGUAAUUUUUUUAAAAUCUAUAAUUAAAAGGAUGAUUGAUAAUUGAGUUUUUACAGCUUUGAUAGCACUUCUUGGCAGUACAUCUGUAGUCUAUACUAUUUUAACAGAGUGUUCUGGAUUGUUAACAGGUAAUAUUCUUUUAAAGCAAUGGAGAACAUUGACAAAAUGGAUGAAGAUCAGCUUACAGAGUAUGCAAUCCAUCUGGAAUCAGUCAGUCAUGAAAACCAAAGGAUUAUGGAAGCGAUCCGGCAUGGUGAAAUAUUUCUCCUCCAGCAGCUUGCUAAGGUUAAGUCUGCCUUCCAUGAGACAGAUGAAAGAAGAUGGUUUCCCUUUCAUGAAGCUGUAGUCCAGCCUAUACUACAAAUCCUAGAGAUUGUCCUGGAUGCUUCCUGCGAGGUAUCUUUGGAGGAGACAACACUGGAUGGAGAGACAGCUUUGACUCUGGCAGUUCAGGCUGGUCAUGUGCAGAAUGUGAGGGCUCUCCUGGAAAAGGGGGCUUCCCCUCACAACGCCAACAGGAAGAAUGAGACUCCUCUCUUGCUUGCUGUGAGGAGUGGGUCACGUGAAAUGGUAUCCACUCUUAUCAAGAAUGGAGCUUUCGUGGACCAGCUAUGUUUGAAAAAGUGGACAGCAGUGCAUGAGGCAGCCAAGAUGGGCCAAAGUGACAUCAUGUCCCUGCUGUUAAGAAAUGGAGGCAGCAUUUCUCAAAGAGAUGUGUACGGAGUAACUCCUUUAGGAAUAGCUGCUGAAUAUGCACAUGCAGAUGUCUUGGAGAUUUUGAUACAUAAAGGUGGUGAUGUUAAUGCACAGUCUGAUCACGGGGAGAGUGUGUUAUUUGAUGCUGCUAGUGGAGGGAAUCCAGACUGUAUAGAGUUGCUCCUUGAGUAUGGUGCAAGUCCUAAUAUUCCCAAUUUAAGUGGACAUUUGCCAAUUCACAGAGCAGCAUAUGGAGGUCAUUAUCUGGCAGUGAAAAUUCUUAUUCCUGUUACCUCGAGAAAGGCCAUCAGAGAUAGCGGGCAAAGCCCUGUUCACUCUGCAGCAGAUGGAGGCAACGCUCAGUGCCUUGAGCUCCUCAUCGAAAAUGGGUUUGAUGUCAAUGUGGUCUUGGAGUCUCACAUUUCUGACAACUAUGAAGAUGCAAGAAGAACCCCUCUGUACUUCGCAGUUUCAAAUGGAGAUGUUACGUGCACUGAGUUGCUUUUAAAACAUGGUGCAGCAACAAACAAAGAUCCCUUAAAAUGCCUUCUGGUGGCAGUCAGAGCAAUGAGGUAUGAAAUUGUAAGGCUGCUUCUUGCAUACGGAGCAGAUAUUAACUGUUAUUUCACUAUGGUGCAUGACACCAUUUUCCCCAGCGCCAUUCAGUAUUGUUUGAAGGAUGAGAUGAUGAUGCGACUUCUGCUGAACAAUGGCUAUGAUGCUGAGAAGUGCUUUUGCUGUGACCAUGACAUAAGCUUUCUUCUGGAGUCUCAGUGGGUGUCCGUCUUUACGGAACAACGUGAGUUUUCUCUGAGCCGCAAUGAAGGAAAAAAGACACCUUUCUGCGACUUUAUCACGGUUUCCUGGAUGUCUCACUUGGCUGGAAACUUAGUGAAGAUUCUUUUGGAUUACGUCAACCAUGUUCCAAUAUGUUCUAAAUUAAAAGCAGUUCUGGGGAAGCAGAAAGAAUGGGCAGUAAUUUGUGACAUUCUUGAAAAUCCUCGACCACUGAAGCACCUGUGUCGGCUUGUGAUACGAAAACAAAUAACACUGAAAAGACUGAAGAAACCAGAGAUUGUAUCCUCAUUGCCAAUUCCAACUGUUCUACAACAUUAUAUACUAUACAGGGAGUAUGAUUUAUAUGGAAGAAGCAUUCACCUGACACAGUGAAUAUCAGGGUCUUCCUUGUCUGUCUUUGCUAUUUUUUGUGGGGGUGGAGAUGUUUUUCAGGAUCUUUUUUUCAGGAUAGGGGUCCUUGCAGUUUAUUUGAUUUCUAAGGAGGGGUAGGCUAUACAGUCAGUGCAGCAUUUGGUGUUUCUUAAAAUGAAUAUUAUUUUUACUAUUAUUUAGAAAUAAAUUGAGGGCUUGACCCUUGUGUUACAACUGCCGCUGCUGAGAGAACAAAAUUAUAUAAUAUCUGAUAUCCAUGGUGGAGGACUGGUUUGGCCACCUACAUCAAGUGAUCUGAAUGUUUGUGAUUUUAACCUGUUGAAACCUGAAAAUUGAAUAUUGAAGGUGUAUCAGUUUGGUGAACAUAGGGUAACUUGUUUGGAAAUAGAGGAUAAUGUACAUACUAAAUUGAUUUAUGUUAUUUAUAGCAAUACAUAUUAAUGCCAUUGGUAUUAGUGGGUAUUUAAUUUGAUUAAAAAGCUAUUGUGUAA